CUUUGAGCGGCCGCCAUGGGGCAGGAGCCCGGCGGCGGGGCCGCCGUGGGGCGCCCCACGGCGCCGGGAAAGCCCUUGGAUUUUGGGGACGGGCGGGCGUUUCGGUUGAAGAGCGGGCGGGAGCUGGCGCGGGCGCUGCUGGUGCUGCGGCUCUGCGCCUUCCCCCCGCUGGUGCGGCACGCCGGCGCGAUCCUGGCGGUUUCGCGGCGGGUCCUGGGAGCACGGCUGUGGGGCGGCCUGUUGCGGGCGACUUUCUACGGGCAGUUCGUGGGGGGCGAGACCCCCGACGAGGUGGUGGCGGCGGCGGGGCGGCUGCGCGCCGUGGGGCUGCGCCCCAUGUUGGCCGUCCCCACCGAGGAAGACGUGGGGCAGGAGAAAGACGGGGAGGAGUGGUACGAGGCCAACUGUGGGGCGGCGCUGGAAUGUGUGGGGCUGGCGGCGGCCACCGGCCCCCACCCCAUGAUGCAGGUGAAGGUGACGGCCCUGAUGAGCGCCCGCCUCUGCGCCCCCGCCUUCCCCUGCCUGACGCCGGAGGAGAACCGGCACUUCGGGGUCGCGCUCCGGCGCUUGGAGGCGGUGGCCGGGCACGCGGCCGGCCGCGGCGUGAGGGUGCUGGUGGACGCGGAGCAGAGCUACGUCAACCCGGCGCUGAGCUUGGCGACCUUGGCCUUGAUGACGCGGCACAACCGGGGGUCGCCGUGGGUCUGGAACACCUACCAAGCCUACCUGCGGGACGGGCGGAGGCGGCUGGCGGCGGACGCGGCGGCGGCGCGAGGGCGCGGCGCCUGCUUCGGGGCCAAACUGGUGCGCGGGGCGUACCUGGAGCUGGAGCGGCGGCGGGCGGCCCGGACGGGGGGCGCCGACCCCGUGCACUCCACCUUGGACGACACCCAUCGCAGCUAUGGGGAGUGCCUGGAGGUGGCCCUGGCGCUGGCGGCGCGGGAGGGCGAGGCCGUGGGCGUCAUGGUGGCCACCCACAACGAGGCGUCGGUGCUGCGCGCCGCCCGGAGGAUGGAGGAGUUGGGGAUCCCCCGUCAAGGCGGCGGCGUCUGCUUCGGGCAGCUCUUGGGCAUGUGCGACCACGUCUCGCUGGCGCUGGGGGAAGGGGGUUACGCCGUGUACAAGUCGGUGCCGUACGGGGCGGCGGAGGCGACGCUGCCCUACCUGGCGCGGCGGGCGCAGGAGAACCGGGGGGUGCUGGGGGGGGCCCGCCGGGAGCGGGGGCUGCUGGCCCAGGAGCUGCGGCGGCGCCUGCUGCGGCGGCCAUGAGACCCCC